UUGUUGAGUGGAGACAUGUUCAAACACGACCGUUUCUACGAACAACAACACAGAACAGAAAUGUCGUUACUUCGGUUUAUAUUGAUCCCGGUAAAUCGGUAAAUCUAUGAUGGAUUACAUUGUGACAGUGUUUUAGCCUUUUCCACAUCUAAACUGAUAAUGUCGUCGUGGCCAGCCAAAGAAGUUUCUUUAAUAUGUCGCGGUCUUUCAGAGUCGUCGAAACUUCCAUUAAACGACUCCACCGAAGUUGUCAACUUACAUGGCAACGAUUUUACGGUGAUUUCCACACAAUUAUCCAACUUGCUCUACCUCAGGGAACUUGACCUGUCGUCCAACAGAAUUUCAAGUAUGAAAGCACUCAGUAAUCUAAGAAUGCUCCGAAUAUUGAACCUUUCGUGUAAUUUCAUCCGGAAGGUGGAAGGUAUGGUAUCACUUUCAUCUCUCCUAUUUUUAAACCUCAGCCAUAAUCAAAUUGAGGACGUUAGUGGGUUUAAGGAGGUAAGCGGGAGUGAGUAUUCCCUCAGUGUUGUCUCUCUUCACGAUAACAAGAUCGCUAAUUUAAGUCAUCUGGUUACUUCUCUGAGAGAUUGCUCAAAUAUCCGUUGCCUUACUUUAGAGCAAGAUGAUCUGACCAAUCCUGUUUGCAGCCAAAUUGACUAUCGGCAGCGACUCCUUUCGCGAUUAACUCAGAUCCUUGUUUUGGAUAAUGUUUCCAGAAGUGGUGAAAUCCUAAGACUGGGAGAUAUCCCUGGUAUUGCUUUACGAAAUCCUGGCUCGAGUCUAGAUUUCCCCGUCUCUGUGGACUCAAGUUCCUAUGAAACCUUUAAAAGUCAAUCUGGACGUUUCCACAGUAAAACCCCCGGAAGUAGUAUGGAUUCACAAUCGCUGUGCGAAAUAAAAACGCCCCAAAUCGAUCUUGUUAUGGAGAAAUAUAAAUAUAAAUACUAUUCCGAUAAUGGUUCUGAUUCAGUGCUGGGAACAGAGAAUAACUUACGAAACUCGGAGAACGAUGAAUUUAAUGGCCCUCUUAGGAUGUCUAGUUUAAGCAUGGAAUCGACAAGGGGUGAAAGUCUGAUAAUAGAACCUCACAACAAUAGUAAUAAUAGUAAUGCUUUGAGAAAGAGUAAUGGAACUAGCGAAAUAUUGCCAAAAACUAAAGAAAGGUCAAACAAGAUUGCUAAACCAACUAAGAUUUCUACUAAACCAGUGCAGAAACCUCUGAAAACUAGUAUCAAAAGUAAAAAUCCCAGUGAGAACCAGUCAAAGCCAAAUCUUUGCAGCAGUAAGCAAGUGGACUCUCGUGUUGGUUGUAAAAAGGCAGGAGUAAAAGUUGAUAAUGAAGUUCAGCAGAGUGAUAAGGAGUACAGGGAUGUUAUUGAAACUACCUACAAGCAUUUGAUUGAAGAACUUGCAGAGGAACGGUCUCGCAGCUGGAAAGCUGAGCAGGCUUUGAAAGAAAUGACUGCUUCUGUGAACCAUGCCAAGGCAAGUUCACAAGAAAUCAAGACACAGUAUGAAAGAUUAAUUCAAGAAAACAAUCACUUAAAAGAGUGUUUUAACAAAGAAAAAACGCAUAGCAUAAAUUUGGAGCAAAAAAUUAGCUCUAUGGAUCAGAAACUCGAGGAUCUCCAGCAAAGGCUAAAUACAGCAAAAGAAAACAUGGAAAGUCAGAAAGCUCUUUUAUCAGAAGUUCAAUCUUCUGCUGUUGAAAGAGAAAACCAACAUAUGAGAAUAUUAAAUGAAGAGAGAAAACGCUUUGAAAAAGAGCGCCAACUUUCAGCAGUUGCAACAAAGCAGUCUGGUGACUUGAAGAGUUCUGUGACUUCUUUACAAAAACAAGUUACUGAACUGCAACAGUUGCUGGCAUCUCGGGAACUCGAACAUAAAGAUGAACUCCGUGACAGGUUUAAAUUAGGCAGUAAAGAGCUUCGCAGUGUGAUUGAAAGGGAGUUGAAACAUGUUAAAUUGCAAUAUGAAGAUCGCAUGAAGCUUCAGGCUGAACGCACUGAAAUGAUGGAGAAGCAUUAUAAGAAUGUAGAAAAGGAGUUGAACGAUGCUUUGCAGCUUGAGUCAGGCCAAGUGAAUCAACUUGAACUUGCUUGUGAUUCAAUUGUGAAAGAAAAUGAGCUCAAUAAACAGGCUUUAAUUGCUGCUCAGAUGAAGGACAAGAAAAAGAGUGAAACCCUUUCACAGUUGACAAAUGUUGUUAAGAAACAAAAGGAUCAAAUUUCAGAUCUCUUGAAAUCAGAACAAGAAAUGACUUCCAAACACAAACAACAAAUGGAAGAUGCUAACCAGCAUCUGGCAGAGAUGCAGAAGAGAGCAACUCAAAGUGACAAAUUAAAGCACGACUGUUUGACAUAUCAAGCUCAGAUUGAAGCGCAAGAGUCACUUAUUGUGGGUUUACGUGCUGAACGGAAGGUUUGGGAGAAUGAACUUGCUCAACAAGGGACUUCUCUUGCUCAAGAUCGUGGUCGACUUGAGGUCAAGUUGGAAUCUCUUGAAGUUGAAAUUGAGUGUCUGAAGAAGCAACUGAAAUCUGAGGUAGAUACAGUAAAAAUAAAAAUGAAAAUCAUUGAUGACCAGGCUGAGUCAAUAAGAUCCCUGAAAGCAGAGUUGCACCAGAAGGAUGAAUUGAUAAAGGAUAUCCGUGAAGAUGCUUACAAAGCACAAAAAAAGAUUGAAGAUGAACUGUUGCUUGAACAGGAAGCCAGACAAGAAAGUCAGUUUACAAUUGAAAAACUUGAAGAUCGUAAAGCAGAACUGAAAGACCAACUUGCCGAAGUGGUCAAAGAGCUGGAGAGAUCUCAGAAUGCUCAUUAUUUGUUAAAAAAGCAUUGGAAAGACAAAUCUGAUUUGAUUAGUACUUUAGAAGCUCAAGUAAAGCAAGCUAAAUCGAUUUGGGAGAACAAAGAAAAAAGUUUACUGGAGGCUUGCGAGAAAGCGAAAAGUGAACUGAAAAAAAAUGAAGAGAAAAUGUCUAAAAUGGACAGUUUGUUCCGACAACAGUUGGAUGAUAAGGAAAGUGCACACCAAAAAGCCCUAUCUCAGUUAGCCAAAGAUCAGCAAUUGGAAUUAGACAAUGCUCACCGAAAAAUUCUAGAUCUUGAAGAUGAGAUGAGGGAAAUUUUGAAAGAGAGUAAUAGUGUACAAGCCAAAAUGUCCAAACUUGCUAUUUUCUUUGGUAAUAUGGCACCUGAAAUCAAUAGAUGAUUUCAGAAAUUUUCACACGUCUAUAUACAGAUGGGUGAUAAAUGUAUUAGGGAAGACCCAUGUAAACAUCAACUAGUUGCCCUAUUUUUGGCGUGGAAGUAAAAAGAUAUUUAAUGCAGAAUGAUAAUGUACCUCAAGUGCUGCAGAUUGGAAUUGAGUUGAAUAGGAACACAUAGCCUCAAUCUCAGUCAUUUGACUGUGGCCAUGCUGGAGCACCGCCUUUAGUCGAGCAAAUCGACCCCGGGACUUAUUCUUUGUAAGCUUAGUACUUAUUCUAUUGGUCUCUUUUGCCGAACCGCUAAGUGACGGGGACAUGAACACACAAGCAUCGGUUGUCAAGCAAUGCUAGGGGGACAAACACAAACACACACACACACACACACACACACACACACACACACACAUAUAUAUAUAAUAUAUAUACAUAUAUACGACGGGCUUCUUUCAGUUUCCGUCUACCAAAUCCACUCACAAGGCUUUGGUCGGCCCGAGGCUAUAGUAGAAGACACUUGCCCAAGGUGCCACAUUUUAGAAAAGAACAGAACUGAGAUCAAUAAGCAAGAUCACUAAGAUGGUGAGCUGGCAGAGUUGUUAUCAUGUCGGGCAAAAUGCUUAGCAGCGUUUUACCUGCCUGUAUAUUCUGAGAUCAAAUUCUGCCAUGGUUGACUCUGCCUUUCAUCCUUUCAGGGUCGAUAGAAUAAGUACCAGUUCAGCGCUGGGGUCAAUGUAACUGGCUUAGCCCCUUCCCCAAAGCUGCCAAAAUUUGAAACCAAUAAGCUAAAUAACUGAUUUGAUUUACUGUGAGUAACAAACAGAUCAUUCUGUCAAAUAUAAUGAUUAUUUAUUAUUCACAUUGUUUUGAAUUCAUCAUCAUCAUGUAUUAUCUCAUAGCUUUCACAUUUCAAAGAUAUGGUAAUUUAUUUUUGAGAAUGACAUUGUAGGGUAGUUGUGAGAGGCCAGACCUGGCCAUUUUGAACAUGAAACAAUAUUUGGGCCUAAUAUAUAUAUAUAUAUAUAUAUGUAUGUAUGUAUGUAUGUGUGUGUGUGUGUAUACAUGUAUUAUAUAUAGUGAGAAAUGUAUAUAUUUUUAUAAAUUAAAUUCUGAAUUUUGUAAAUCAUUAAUGAACUGUUUUAUAUAUAUAUAUAUAUAUAUAUAUGUACACACACAUGCACUCACUCUCCCUCUCUCUCUCUC